AUGGGCGAGGCGGAAGCUGAGGGGUCGAGGGACAUGAUUAGGUCCCCUAGAGGGGAGGAUAGGCCUCGCGAGAGGGCGAGGGAUGAUGCAGUGGUAUACCCGAAGGCAGGGACAGCGGUCUGUACAGAGACAGAGGGGAGGACAGCUACGAGGGCCGCGAAGGACGCGGCGAGGAACAAUGAGGCGGCGAGGAUCAUAACAGCGGAUGCACUGGGCAUGAAGGGCAGCAGACGUAACAGCUCCACCCUCGCUUCCUCCCCACUGACUGCCGCCGCCGCCACCCUGCCACCACCACCGAUACCUCCGAGAUCUACCACCGCCGCCACUUCACCACCACCCCCGAUACCCCCAAGGCCUACCGCUCCUCGCCGUACCAUCACCCUGUCGGCGGCCCGCUUCCGUAGGGAAGCACAACAGCCCGAAAACCACCUCUUCCUCCUGGCUGCUCGUCCCGCCGGUCCGAAUCCAACGCCGUCUAACCCCACCGAAGAAUUGGUCCCUACCGCCUACCACCAGUACCUCCACCUGUUCCAAGAGUCAGAGGCCCAAGCGCUCCCUAUCCAUCGGUAUAUCGACCAUGAGAUCCCGUUGCAAGAAGGCAAGCAACCGCCAUUUGGCCCACUAUACGGCAUGUCAUCAGAAGAGUUGAAGACUCUUCGGGAAUACCUUGAUGACCAACUGACUCGAGGUUACAUACGCUCUUCUUCCUCCCCUGCUGGAGCCCCCGUCCUAUUCAUUAAGAAAAAGGAUGGCUCCCUACGACUAUGUGUGGAUUAUCGCGCCCUCAAUGCCCUCACGGUCAAGAACCGCUACCCACUGCCGCUGAUCAACGACACCCUGGAUAGACUCAAGGACGCCAAGAUCUACACCAAGCUGGAUCUCCGCAAUGGGUACAAUCAAAUAAGGAUAAAGGAAGGGGAGGAAUGGAAAACCGCUUUCCGGACUCGGUAUGGACUGUUUGAAUACUUGGUGAUGCCCUUUGGACUCACCAACGCACCCGCCACCUUCCAAGCCUUUAUGAACGACACCCUCCGGACCCACCUCGACGAUUUCUGCACGGUGUACCUCGACGACAUCCUGAUCUACUCGAACAGCCAGGAGGAACACCAGCGACAUGUCAACAUCAUCCUGGACAAACUACAAGCGGCGGGGCUCCACUGCAAGCCUGAGAAGUGCGAGUUCCACGUUGAUCGUACGGAGUACUUAGGGUACCUUAUAUCGGGCGAAGGGGUUACCAUGGCUACCGACAAAACCAAGGCGAUACAGGAGUGGAAAACACCUACCUCAGUAUACGAUAUAAAGGUCUUUUUGGGAUUCGCAAAUUUCUAUCGGAGAUUCAUCCGCGAUUACUCCAAAGUGGUAUCCCCGAUGAUGAACCUGCUAAAGAAGGAUGCCCAGUUUGUAUGGACCCCCGCCGCGGACCACGCCUUCAACCAACUAAAAGAGACUUUUACUACGGCACCAAUACUGAAGCAUUUUGACCCCGAACGGGCCUGCAUAUUGGAAACCGAUGCCUCUGAUUUUGUCGCGGCCGCCGUGCUCUCCCAGAAAGACGACCAAGGAAUCCUACACCCAGUGGCCUUCUACUCCCAUAAGAUGAGGCCAGCCGAAUGCAACUACGACAUCUACGACAAGGAGCUGCUGGCGAUUGUCUGUGCGUUUGAGGAAUGGCGAAAGUACCUGGAACCGAGCAACCAGGAGAUCACGGUAUAUUGCGACCACAAGAACCUGGAACACUUUAUGUCUACGAGGAUUCUUAACCGUCGUCAAGCUCGCUGGUCCCUAACGCUGUCUUCCUCCAACUUUGUGGUUACCUAUCGACCGGGUACGAAGAAUGGAAAACCUGAUGCCCUCACACGUCGAUCUGGAGAUCUCCCUAAGGAAGGGGAUGAAAGACUGACCCAACAGCAUCAGGUUAUACUCAAGCCAAAGAACCUCCGUCUAGCCACCGUCCAUCAGCAAGAUUAUUCUCCUGAGACAACAAAACGGUUUUUGAUUCUCUGGAGGUUCAGGAGAUGCUUUUCGGAAAUUGUUCAGUUUCCUGAUGUACUAGAGGUCCCCAGACCCGCCAAGGUAUCACCCGCCCGCCACGAUGAACUGCAGGCUGCCUUAGCCAAUGACCCGCUGUCCAAACAAUUGAUGAAGGACAUCAUCACCAGGAAGAAACACUCUCGCUUCCUUCCCAUCGGGGAAUGCGCAAUCAAGGAUGGGUUACUGUACUAUCAGGGCCUACUAUACAUCCCCGAUGACGCCGCUAUUAAGCUGGAGAUCCUCCGCACCAACCACGACGCACCUUCGGCAGGACACCCUGGACGCGCCCGCACGCUGGAACUCCUGUCACUAAACUACUACUGGCCCCAAAUGCGAAAGUACGUUGCCCGCUACGUGGACCACUGCGAUACUUGCACCCGGAUCAAGCCGGCCCGACACGCCCCUUAUGGCCUCCUCAAACCUCUCGUUCCCCCAGUCAAACCCUGGUCCUCGUUGUCAAUGGACCAUGUCACCGGCCUACCAGAGUCCCAAGGAUCUAAUGCCAUCCUCGUAGUUGUCGACCGACUCACCAAAAUGGCCCACUACAUCCCCACUAGAGAUACGGCGGACGCCUCCGAACUGGCCCGCUUAUUCUUACAACACCUCUGGAAAUCCCACGGGCUGUCAAAGGAUAUAGUAUCGGACAGGGGCACGACCUUUACCUCGCAGUUCUGGAAAGCACUGUACAACCAAUUAGAUAUCAAACCUCGAUUCAGCACCGCCUUCCACCCACAAACCGAUGGACAGACCGAAAGAGUAAAUGCAAUCAUGGAACAGUACUUGCGAGGAUACGUCAACUACCAACAGGACAACUGGGCAGAAUUUCUCCCGCUGGCAGAGUUUGCGCACAAUAACGCCACCACGAAGCCCUUAGGUGUUAGUCCCUUCUUCGCCAACUACGGGUAUAAUCCACAAUUGGAUAUCCUACCCGCCGAAGAAAGACACGAAGCCACGCCGAAGGAAGUAUUAGAAUUUGCCAACUCGAUCACCACCCUACAGACCGCAUUGCGAUCAGAGAUCCUGUACGCCUAA